AUGCAAGGAACCGGGCCAGUGAUGCUACGGGCUAAAGUGCGAGGACUGAGAGCCAGGAUUAAGGGAAGCCGAUACCUUUUGCCGCUCUGUGUUCUAGUGUUGACAAUUUUGGAUCUGCUGGUCUUCCACUCGGGCGCUCUCUCCGGCCUCACUCGGAGCCGGUCAGUCCGUGAAAGUGAUGACGUCGAUAGUUAUCUCAUCAACACCCCGGGUUGUGUCAUACAAAACUUCGAUGUCCUCAGCCCGGAGUUUACUAAAUUCCUUAAGGGUUACCCUAAGAGUUUCCAAUGCGGCGACAAGCGUGACCUGACCGAGAGCGCUGGUCUGACGCUGUUCAUGUACCGGGAACGAGCGACGGAAUACGGCUUGGCGCCCUCCAGUGUCGAAUGCAGCUACAGGAAAGUCAUCCCGAGGACGGAUAAGGAAGGAUUCCGCAAUGUGAGGAGCACGCUCGGCAACCCAGUUCUAAUCACGGCCCACGAGACCCGCAUUGACGAGGACGGGAUUCUAGUUACGUGUUUCGAUAACGCCAGCAACCGAACACCCAUCUAUCUCAACGUGCAUUAUUUCGUGCAGCCGCAGAAGGCGCAGGAGAAGGCGGAAUAUUUCAAGAGACAAUAUGGCGGCCGCAGCGCCCAGCCAGACAAGCUCAGCGUCAUGGUCGUUGGGAUAGACUCGCUGUCUCGCUUCAACAUGAUCCGCCACAUGACAGAAACCUACCGCUACGCCAUGCAGGAACUGGAGGCCCUUGACUUCCGCGGAUACAACAAGCAGGGCGCCAACACGCGGCCCAAUACCAUCGCCUUUCUGCUGGGUAUGACCAGAGAUAAGUUCGACGCCACCGAGUUCGGCCCGGAGGAUCGGGACGGCUUUCGCUCGGAGUUUCCUGUCAUCUGGAAGGCUUUCGCAAACGAGGGAUACGUCACCGCUUACGGCGACGACGUGGCAGGGAGUCAGUUCUUCAACCCGCACGACGUGGAGUACUUCCAGCGAGGGGCGUUCGCUGUGUCGCAGAGACACAUCGCGCAUUUCAUUCCGAAUUUGGGCUUCUCGUACGCGCCAUGUCAGGGAAGCAAAAUGUCUGCGUCAGUGAUCUACGACUACGCGCUGGAUGUGGCUCGUUCGGUAAAAGACGUCCCGUACUUCGGCUUCUACUGGACCUGCGCCAUCACCCACGACAUGCUUAUGAUGACUAAGGUCAUCGACCAGCCGGUGAAGACCCUUCUCCAGACGCUGAAGGAGGAAGGAAUCCUGAACCACACUGUGCUCUUCCUCGUAAGCGACCACGGCGCCAGGUACGGCAAGCUAAGAAACACGUACCUGGGGAACCUGGAAGUGAAUCUGCCGGCCUUCAUGGCGAUCUUCCCGCCGUGGUUUAAGAGCCUGUACCCGAAGCCGUGGAGGAACCUCGUCACCAACACUCGAAGGCUGGUUUCCAAUUUCGACUUCCAUCAGACGCUGCAUGACCUCGCCUCAAGGGACUACAUCCUCAACAAAGUAAAGCCUGUCGAACCCAACCACGGCCAGAGUCUUUUCCGAGAAGUUCCCGAAACCCGAACCUGCGCAGACGUGAGUAUUCCGCUACAUCUCUGCGCAUGCGAGAGCUACGAUGACGUCAGUCUGGACGACCCCCUUGUCGAGGCGGCGGCGAAGUUCACCGUCGACUAUCUCAACGAAGGCCUCGCCAAAUUCCCCGACUGUGUCCAACUCCAUUUCGAUAAGGUGUUGUCGGCGAGGGUGUCUUCGGGGAACAACGGGACCAGACCGAGCGCCGCCAAGCAGCUCGUCACGGUCUUCCUUCUGGUGUUGCAGACGCAGCCAGCGUCCGCCACCCUGGAGUCCUUGGUCAGGAGCGCCGGCGGUGACCUCCACGUCGUCGGCGAAGUCCAGCGCACCAACAGAUACGGGAACCAGAGCCACUGUAUCGACGACGACAUCUUCAGGCAGUAUUGCUUUUGUCGUGACCAGUUGCCUAAGGAUGGUUUAAGGCGUCCUCGUGUUGAUCCGGUGUUAGGAGCCUCUGGCGCCGCGAGUAACCGAUAUUCCAACUUUUCCUGGCGAGCUUUAGGAUUUGUGCACAUAAAACACAUCCACUGGCCGUAUCUUCGCUAA